GGUCCCCCCGCUCCUCGCCUUGCUGCCCGCGGUCUGUCCGCCACCCCCCCGCCCCGCGCCGGAUCCCGGCGCCGCCACUGCUUCCCCGCCUCCCGCGGGAUGCCCGCCCGCCCGGGCACCUGGCCUGCUCACACCUCCGGAGCAGCCGCGCCGGCACCGGCCUUCCUGCGAGCUCGGUCCGGGGCGGCCCGUCCCCGCGUCCGCCGCUGCGGAGGGCCUGUCCCCGCGGGCCUCCCCCGCCGCCUCGCAGCCCGGCCGCGGCUCCGGGGCUGGGGAGGUGGCCACAAAGCGCCGUCCGCUCCCGGUGCGGGCUGCGAGGCGGCGGGAACACGUGUGGAGUUUCGGGGGGAACCGAGUCGGUGUGUGGGGAUGAUGCGUGUGAGAGAGUGUCAGCGGCCGGCCAGCUUCGUGUCGCCUUCUUAUCCCUGUCAGUGUCAGUUGUCUGUUCCCAGUUAACAUACAGCUCUGGAGAUUUCUUUGUAAACUCAGUUUUAUGGCUGUAGCUCCUGUAGAAAGUUACUUAAACUUCUGAAAAUUUGAUUGUACAGAUCUGGAUGCGUGUCCAGGUAGGUUGUCACUAGGAGAGGUCUCUUUGCUUUUUCUUUGAAUAACCAUAUCAUAACUCUCCUAGACACAACUAAAAUAAAGAAUCAGGAGUGUGUGGCAGAGGUUUGGAUGCUUAAACAUUGUAAAGAACAAGGAAAGACUUCAAGUGUCUUCGAGGUAUUACUUAGCACUCAAGGUGCACCUGUAAGCAAGUAACAAAUGCUAUUUUUAAAAAAACAAGUGGUAAAACUGGCUAUGCUGUAAUAAUGUAUGUUAAAACUUUGGCACUUUUCAAUCAGAAGCGUAAGAUUGCGUGUCAGGUAUCGUCAAGUAUGACAAAUAAAAGAUUACACCUAGGUGUAUUUGACACACGGAAGAUGUUAUCUAAAUAAAGCUCCCUAAAACUGGUCAGACUUGCUUUCCGGGAUGCUGUAGGAUUUUCUUAUCCUAAGUAAAAAAGGUUGUAGCAAAUUCAUCUCUAAGUACAAAGUACACAAAACAGGCAUAGGUUAAAGUUUUAGGAAGAGUGAAAGAAUAUUCUGUAAAUAAUUUUGUUGACAUUUUAUUUUCUGAUAAAAAAUGAUAGAUAUAAAGGAAAACCCCGGUAACUUGCAAUAGGAAUACAACCAUGAGAUUUUACAUUUCUUAGGGUUUUUUAAGAAAUCUCUUUUCUGUAGCUGUGUCUACAGAGUUCCACUUGCAUGUCUAGUAAUUACAGUACUUGAAUUUCUACACUGUGGCUGCUAGACUUUUUAACACUUUGAAAUGUUCUAAUGAUCUAAUAAUGCUUGAAUGCAGUCUCUGUACCGUAAUAUUAGAGAAAUCCUAAUUAAGCUAGUGAAACUACAUGUAAGGAUUAAAAAGUCAGCAGAAGUAUUAUGGCUUAUUUGUUAAUUUAGUGGCUUGUAAAAAUAAUAUAGAUAUGAAUAUAAAAAAUAGUUAAGGUAUGAAGGUUAUUGAAGGUCUGAGAACUUUCUUGGCCCCCUUGAUCUGUUCUUGAAGAAUAUUGGGAUACAUCAAUGUUAAAAAUAAUACAACUUAAGAGUAUUGCAGUUGAAAUGUAAACACUUAUGGUUAUUGUGCAUCUGUCAGUAUUUUUUGACUGGACAGAUACCCCUCCACUGAGGCUGAUGCUACUUUCAGAGUGUUGUGUUCAGCGCUGCUUUUGUGUACAGAUUUUGCCAUAAAUAUUGUCUUGGCGGUUAGAAGGAACCAGCCUGGCAAAGCUCAGCCAGGUGGUUCUGCUGACGGUGGUUACGUUUCAGUGACUUUUUUUUGAAAACUUGACUGGGCUUGGGCUGAUAAAGAGACGUGAGCUUGUUGUAGGAGGCUGGUUCUGAAGUCACGCUCCUGAAACCAACAGAGCAGAGGAUGAUGGAGGUCCCAGUGAAACAGUGUUUGUACAAUCUGGAGGCAACUGUUUGCAACAGGCCUUCUUUAAAUUGUAUUUUCCUCAAGCCCAUACAUGAACUACUUGCUUAACAGGGUCUGCAUAAAACUAUUGCAGUUGUGCGCUCGUUAAAAUGAGACACCGCAUUUGUUACAUCUGUGUUACCUUUGGCUCACGGCAUUUUGAGGCUUCAUUGUACCAAAGCCAUUUUCUUCAAGUUGUGUAUGAAGUUCCCAAAUUAAAUUAACAAAUAUUUGUUGUUGCCAUAAUGCUUUAUAUUAAGUGCGUGGCAGGAAUGUGUAGUACUUUUCACUUGUUGGAAUUCUCCAUUCACAUUGUUUGGAGGUUUAACAAAGGUUUAUUUUGCAUUGAAGUUAAAUUCGGUUUGGAUUCUUCACUUUAAUUUUAUAGAAUUAAUUAUAGCCUAUAGUACUUACUACAGCUUUACAUUGGCAAUCUGAUAGGUGUCAGUGACCUUGGACUUGCUGGAAAUACAGUCUGCAGUAUUCCAGUGAAACUGUCGUAUAGUUUGAAGACUGACUUACAGUGCUUAUUUGCAGCAUAGGAGGAAAAAAGCAGAGAAACAGUUCUCUGGGGAAUCUGUUCCUUGACUAAGUUUAGGAUUAUGUUGUUAGAAAUAACUUUGUUUCCAGUGAAAAACAAAUGUAAUCUUGAAGAUAGGAGACACACGUUCAUGCUUUAAGGCGUAAAACCAAAAUGAACUGCUGGAAGAAAUUUAGGAAUUAAUUAUUUUGCCCUUUUUCCACAUUGGUUGUCUCUGAAGUGCCCAGAAUUACAUUUGGGGCUGUAUGCUAUCCUGUUCCUGUCUGGUCUUGCAUUCCUAGGGCAAUGCCACUGGGGAAGCAAUUUUGCGACUGUGGGAAUUCCUUAAGAAUGGGUAGGAAGGGUCGGCGUCAUGCAGAUUAAGCUUCAAAUGUUCAGUGAGCUUCUUUCCUCCUAAAUAUAGGAUUAAGAAGUAUUUUCAUGGUAAUAGAAGUAGGUACAAGGAUAUUGAUUAUAAUCAACUGUUACAGGUUAUUAAAAUAUUGCAGUCUACAAAGAAACAUUAAAGUAAACAUUAACAUUUUAUAGACCAAGCUGAAUGAAAUUCAAAAAUCCUUGGAACUGGGCAGAAUUACAGUCAUUUUGUAUUUUUCUGUCUGUUUGAUAGAAGUAGUUUUGCCUGCAUUUAAAAGAAAUGUAAUUGACUGAAGUGCCUCCUGUUUGCAGUACACGGAUAUUGUGAGUUGCAUAAACCUGACCUCAUACGCAAAUAUUUAUUUACGAAAUGAAUACUUCAGAAAUCCAUUGCUUAAUGGGCUGACAGUGAUGAGGAAGAAAAGGCUGAAACAACCAAGUGACUAAAAAUCCAAUUAUUCUGCCAGGAAAGUGGGCUGUGUUGGAAGUUGCUGCCUUCCAGAGGGCAUGUUCAUCAGUUGAGCUGUGCUGCUGUUGUACCUAAUUGGUAGCCCAUGCCAAUUUCAAUAAAUACAUCUUUGAUUUGGGCAAUUAGUCCAUCCUCUUAAGCGUGUUCUGAGCCUGGUCUAUCAAAGGCCACUGCAUUUUGUCAGCGUUAGGAGUUGCAUAACUCCUCUGUGAGUAAUUACUGGCAGUGACGUGGAUGACUCAGCUACCUAGUUUUGUGCAUCUCUGAAAAUCUCCACAAUUAGGUGGUGUUAUGCUAAGAAAAAAAAAUGUUCAAGUUACACACAAUACUAAGUGCCCUCAGCCAUUGCAGCAAUGUACAGUUUUUAUAAAGAUUCAGGAGAACAAAGUGCCUUUAAAAGAAAAAAAAAAGUAAGCACAUUAAUACUCUUAAAUAGAAAACAAUGAGUGUCUUUAUGCAGUGAAAAGCGCUGCAUUACAAUAAUAGUAAUAAUUCUGGUUUGGUAUACCACUUUUAAAGGUUGUUUUGGAAAUCUGCUCUGGUAUUCUGAGUCUCUAAAAGGAGCCGGGGUCUGGUCGAGGUCGCUCAUUUCGGUUCCUACAGGAUAGCUUGGGAGAGACUUUGCCAUAACCCUAAUUCAGAAGAAUGGUAUGAUUUGUUAAGUCAAUAUGUAGAAUUUUAAAUAUUUAUAUAGAUGCACUUCUUUACUAUGCUUACUACGUUAAAUCUUUACCAGGUUUAAAUCUGACCCUUUUCCAGUAUUCUCUAAUCUGCCAAUAAACCCGAGUGGCUGCUUUAUGCCUUUGAUUAUGGAGUUAAAAUCAUCUCCUGGACAGGCAGUGGUGGAAAGAUCCCAAGUCCUUCACUAGUUAAAUGAUCCCUGUGCUUGAGGUCAGGUUUGUGGCUUGUCAUAGCUAUGACGAGUCUGAGACACACGUAAUUCUCCCUGAUCUCUGAUAAUGGGAAGGAUCAAAAUGUUCUUUUAAAAUUAUAUGUUGCUGGAGGUUUGGUGUCCUGUCUGAAUAUGUGAUUUAUUUGCCACAGGAAAAGAGCUUUAUAACUUUCCCUAGUAAUUGAUUAUGGGUUUAAGUUUUUUUGUUUGUUUGGGGGUUUUUUUUUUUGUUUUUUAAGGUAGACAGCUUUAUCUUCUUCCUUCACUUGGUAUGUUUAAAAAGAGCUUGAGUUACCAAGAAUCUUCCUUUUGUACGAGGAGCUGAGGAAUGGAGGUUUGUGCAGGCGGUGAGCAGAAAAUUCAGCAUAGACCUGCGGAGUCUGACAUGGGUGCUACCAUCAGCAGGGCAUCCUUCCCCUGGGUGCCUGCUGGGACUUCCAGACAUUAAAAAAUAAAUAAGUAAACCCCCUCACCUGUUUAGCUGUGCACAGAACCCCCAGAUUUCUCAAACCUAUCUCAGGAAAAAAGAUUCAAUAGGCCAGUGCAUUGCUAAUUAAAUUAAUGAUGCAAAAUCUCUGCAGAUGUAGUUCAAAAUAACUGAGGAAUAAAUGUGGUCUUAACAGGCUUUGUUUUUUUUAAAGGAUUUUUUAAAUUUUUUUUUUUUACACAGUCUUUUUGAAACAAUUGGGGUUUCUAAUGUAAGCUUCCACUCCAAGAUUUUUGAAAGAAGUAUUUAAAGUAAUGCUUUUGUAUGUGGGGAAGCAAACUGGUUUGUCUGGUGUUCAUUUGGAAGCAUUGAGAGGUGUAGGUCUGGUGACUGGACCUGCAGUAACUUUGCAAAUUAAGCACAGUGAAGGAGAAACCACGGAGGGUGCAGGAGCUUUUCUUGAUCUAUAUGUAGAAUUCUACAUGUUUGAAGCCAAGCAGGAUUAUACCUAAAUGGCCUUAAAAUGGCAGAUGAGCCCAUGGAGGAAGGUGAACCAUAUUCCUACCAUGAUGAAGGAAGUGUAAAAGAAAUUCCUAUUACACACCAUGUGAAAGAAGGAUGCGAGAAAGCAGAUCCAGCACAGUUUGAACUACUUAAAGUUCUUGGGCAGGGAUCAUUUGGAAAGGUCUUCCUUGUACGGAAAAUAAUCGGUCCUGAUGCUGGGCAACUUUAUGCAAUGAAAGUAUUGAAAAAAGCUUCUUUAAAAGUUCGGGAUAGAGUUCGUACAAAAAUGGAGAGAGAUAUAUUAGUAGAAGUAAAUCAUCCAUUUAUCGUCAAACUGCACUAUGCCUUUCAGACUGAAGGGAAGCUAUAUUUAAUAUUGGAUUUUCUCAGGGGAGGAGAUGUAUUCACGCGAUUAUCCAAAGAGGUUAUGUUUACAGAGGAAGAUGUGAAAUUCUACCUCGCAGAACUGGCCCUUGCUUUGGAUCACCUGCACAGCUUGGGAAUUGUAUACAGGGACCUGAAGCCAGAAAACAUUUUGCUUGAUGAAGCAGGACAUAUCAAGUUAACAGACUUUGGACUCAGCAAAGAAUCAGUAGAUCAAGAGAAGAAGGCGUAUUCUUUCUGUGGUACUGUAGAGUACAUGGCACCCGAAGUGGUAAACAGGCGCGGGCACAACCAGAGUGCGGACUGGUGGUCCUUUGGGGUUCUCAUGUUUGAAAUGCUUACUGGUACACUACCAUUUCAAGGUAAAGAUCGAAAUGAAACUAUGAAUAUGAUACUGAAAGCAAAACUUGGAAUGCCUCAGUUCCUCAGCCCUGAAGCACAAAGUCUUCUGAGGAUGUUGUUUAAAAGGAACCCAUCAAAUAGAUUAGGAGCUGGUUCAGAUGGAGUUGAAGAAAUCAAGAGACAUCCUUUUUUUUCUACUGUUGACUGGAAUAAACUGUUCAGAAGAGAAAUUCAACCCCCAUUUAAACCUGCUUCUGGAAAACCAGAAGAUACCUUUUGUUUUGAUCCAGAAUUCACAGCAAAAACACCAAAAGAUUCUCCAGGGGUCCCACCGAGUGCAAACGCACAUCAGCUCUUCAAAGGAUUUAGUUUUGUUGCAACUACUGCUGUAGAAGACCAUAAAAUAUCACCACUCACCAACAUACUGCCUAUAGUACAGCAACUUCAUGGAAGCAGCGCACAGUUUACUGAUGUCUAUGAACUGAAGGAAGAUAUUGGUGUUGGUUCCUACUCUGUUUGCAAGCGGUGUAUACACGUAGCUACAAAUAUGGAGUUUGCUGUAAAGAUAAUUGAUAAAAGUAAGAGAGAUCCCUCAGAAGAAAUUGAGAUUCUCAUGCGCUAUGGACAACAUCCAAAUAUUAUUACUUUGAAGGAUGUGUAUGAUGAUGGUAGAUUCAUAUACCUGGUCACGGAGCUGAUGAAGGGAGGAGAGCUACUCGAUCGGAUUCUCCGACAGAAGUUCUUCUCGGAGCGGGAGGCGAGCGCUGUGCUGUACACGAUAGCGAAGACUGUGGACUACCUGCACUGCCAAGGAGUAGUGCAUCGAGACCUUAAACCUAGUAAUAUUUUAUAUACGGAUGAUUCAAAUAAUGCGGAUUCUAUCAGGAUUUGUGAUUUUGGAUUUGCAAAACAACUUCGAGGAGAAAAUGGACUUCUUCUAACUCCGUGCUACACUGCAAACUUUGUGGCACCAGAGGUUCUUAUGAGACAGGGAUAUGAUGCUGCCUGUGACAUAUGGAGCUUGGGUGUUCUUCUCUACACAAUGCUGGCGGGCUAUACUCCAUUUGCCAAUGGUCCUAACGAUACUCCAGAGGAGAUCCUGGUACGGAUAGGCAGCGGAAAAUUCUCUUUAAGUGGAGGCAACUGGGACACUGUUUCAGAUGCAGCAAAGGACUUGUUAUCACAUAUGCUUCAUGUAGAUCCCCAUCAGCGGUACACAGCAGAGCAAGUGUUGAAGCAUUCGUGGAUAGCCUGCAGGGACCAGCUGCCGCAUUAUCAACUCAACAGGCAAGAUGCACCACAUCUAGUAAAGGGAGCCAUGGCUGCUACAUAUUCUGCACUGAAUCACAAGACAUUUCAGCCGGUGUUGGAGCCUGUUGCAGCCUCAAGUUUAGCUCAGCGACGGAGCAUGAAAAAACUAACAUCAACAGACUUAUAGAUCCACUGGGACACCUUAGCAAACAGAAGCAAGGGGAAAAUCCAAUAAGUGGCUCUAUUUUGCCUGACCUGUGAUCAAAAGGCAUCUAUGGUUUCCUGCUACACUACUUGAAUUCUGUAAAAGUCCUUUUUUAAAAAAGAAAAAAAAAAAUCCACAGGUUCAUACUGUGUUGUUUUACAGGCCGUAUCUGUUAAAUUAAUUUAAACAUCAGGUACACCAUAAUGAAUUUCUCUACACUGUCCUUUAAGAGAUCUGUUGCAAAUAUUAUUUCAUGUUCUGUAUAGUUUUGCUGGGUUCAUUUAAAAAAUGGUUUAGGGGACCGUUGCCAAUGACCAAGUUGUAUAUAAAGUGUCAGUGUAAGUUUUCUUCACACCUUUAGGUCCUGUUGUGAAGGACAAAUUCUUAAUUUUGUAAGUGGGCACUUAAUUCACUCAGUUCAUUGAAUUUGUUGAUUACUAAUAUGAAAAGCUGACUAAUGUGCCAGUGUGAACUGCAUUAGUGUUAAUUUGGAAGGGCUGUGUUUGCAUGGUGCCAGUAACUGAUAAGUUUAUGUGAAAAUACAAACAAAAGGGAUGUGUAAAAUUUUGCGCUUUACCAAGAAACUUAAUUUGAUCGCUUGUGACCCGAAAGAAAUGCUGGUUAACAAAUGGCCUUUACAGGGAAAUGAGCAUUUCCAGUUUUUACCACAAAUGGUAUUGUGCCCUGCACUGAGCUGGAGAAAGUGUGUGUAUAAACUGCCAAAAUUAGGGAUCUAAAUAACAUUGGUACCACUUUAAGGCUUAAACAUCAGGCAAUCCAAAAAUUAUUUUCAUCAUCUAUCCAUUUGUACAAUGACUAUGUUGCUGUUUUCUCAGCAGUCAUUUCCACUGAAUAUACCAAAUAUUGUUUGUUUGGCAUAUAAGAAAAACUGACACUUUAUUAUAGCAAACUUGGUACAUGGAUUUUAUUUUAUAUUUAUUUGAUUUUUAUAGAACGUUGCUUCUAUCUGAAUCUCUUGCCGCAUGUACAAAUAUUACAGAACAUAAAUGCAAAAUUUAUUUGCCUAAGUGUAGGGGUAGCUUGGGAAAAUAAAUAAGCCUUGCAGUGUGCCCAGAUAAGGGAAUUCUGAGCAAGAAAUUUCACGGUUAUGGACAGGUUGCUGACAAUGUCCUGUCCUGUCUCCAGCGUUCACUCACCCUCCCUCUCGUGGUGUUGGGACUUCAGCUAUUUCUGAAUGCUGUGACAAAGAGGAAAUUAAUUUCAGGGCCAGAAUUAUCUUGAGGUUUUCUGACUCAAAACCAGUGCUAACUGCUAGUAGACUGGGAACUAAUGCAUUCAGCGAUGAUGAGCUUAAAAGUAUUUUCAAGGUCUUAGACAUACCAUGCAAUUGUGCUAUCACAAUAGGAUGGCAAGCAUUUUAAAUACUAAGUAUAUUAGUGACUAACUGUUAGACAGUGAGCAGUUAGAUAAUCCAAAUGACCAAAAAUCAGAUGGAUUUGAGACUGAUUUGCUGUUGUGGGAUUUCCUGUUUCAGACAAGACACCUGUGAUGGCAGAACUUGGCACUUUGAGACAGGGAAAAUGCUUCCAGGAGAAUUCUGUCCCAGCUGCCAGGAGUGGUGGUAGUAACUCAGACCUCAAAAGGUGAAGGGUGCCAGCUGGUUUUUGCUUAUACUGGUGAAGAACUUGGUGGCAUUAGAAGCACUAUAGAUAAACCGCUUUCUUUUGUUGUGGUGGGGAAAGAUGGAGAUCAUCUGGCCAAAUAGUUAGGUAUGAAUAUAUGUAGAUUUGAGACUUAAUGAAUAUAGCAAACGUAAGUGUGCUAUUUGUAUUGCGCAGAACAUACGCCAUACUAAAUUUCUCAAGUGUUUGGUAGAUAUUGGAAGCUGUAGGGGCCAUUUGUGCCUAGUUUCGAGGUGCCUCUUUGAAAUGCUUGAAAGCUUAUCAAAGAACACAACUGCUUCCUGUAAAGUUUCUUGUUCAGUACAAAAUCUGCCCCUUAUGCAGCUGGUUCAUCCUUGUUUUUAUUACUGAAGACCUUUGCCAGCAAGAAUGCCUGUAAACCUCUUGUCUACAAUCUCUCAGUAUAAUUUUUUUUUGUAAAUUUACAAAUGACUGCCAGAAGAAUUUGAAUUCAGUCUAAGAAAAAACUCAAAGUGGUUGAAAUAAAGGCCCCUUAGCCAAGGUCAAGGUAUAAUGUGGGUUGAAAGGCGGUAGAGAAAACUGUGGUGGGAAUAGAGGGAAAUGCAAGGGAUGAAUGCAAUGAAAAUGUCAAACUUGAAUUGUCUUCAGCUUUCCCAUAAGGUAGCAGCUGGUCUAUAAUGGUUUUAUUCAUGAAUCAUUUAACAGUGUUUAGAUUGGUAUUUUAGCUUGCUUAGAAGUACCACAUUAUAAGCACCUUAAAAGCAUUUUGCACAAAAGCAGCUGAAGGUACUUAAGUUCUUGGUGCGCAAAACAAAGGCGGUAAGAGAAGUACACAAACAAGAUGGGUUUUCUAAUUCUUAGCAUAGAAUUUUAAACAAAGUUAUCCUGGCUGUUUUUAUAUCAUUACUAGCCCUUAGCACAAGUGGUACUCGUGGGGUAAAAGCAAGAUUUCGGUGACUGCAACAUUACAAAGUUGUCUUACCGCAAGGAAAACAUAUGGACAAACACGUUGAUUAUAUCUGACAGGCCAGUGUACCCUGGUAUGCCAAUUUUAAUCCUUAAUUGGGGGAAAAUAUGAAUAUUUCAGCAUAUCAGUCUUUGAAACUUUUUGGAUAUGCAGGGAUACAAAAGAGUUCACUUGCAGUUCAGUCUUACUAGAUAGCAUUUCAUUGUUAUCUUUUGGAAUUUCUUGCUUAUUUCUCAUCCCUUUGUUUCAAACUUAGGUUUUGUUCAGUUAAGCAAUUAUAUAACAGUAGCACGGUCUGCUCAUGAGUAACCAGUUAAAUAUUUGAAGUGGAAGAACAGUUAUUUUCAACAUGCUUUUGGCUGGAGUGAAAGGUUAGUGUCAAUUGUUUCAUAUCAUCUCUGCACGGUUCAAGAUUACAAACUAGUUAGGAUCUUACUAUCUCACUGAUUUACUUAAAUUUAAAAAAAAAAAAAUUUAAAAAAUGAAAUAUUUAUGAAGGAAUUUCCAGACAUCUAAUUAAUAUCUUAAAUAAUACAAUAUUUUAGAUAAGGCUCCUGUUCCUGCCAGCAAAAUAUCUUCUACUGGGAUAUUUGGUAAUGGCAUUUACAGCUAAGUGCUAGCAAGUAGAUGCACAUCGGCUGCAGCUGGAGCCAGCUCAUGGUUGUUUAUCACCCUGUGGAUAUUGCAGUUUCCAUCUUCAGCUAUCCUUUUGAUUAAAAAACAAGGAAUUCUGUUGUAUUCCUGUUGUAUAUCCAAAAACUAUGCCACGGCAUCGGUAUCAGCCAGUGGUGCAUACGAAGGGUGCCUGCACACCAGAGCAUCACCGUGGUACAUCCAGUUAAGCUGCUGGUUUGUGGCUUGUGUGGCCUCACAUGCUGUUUUAACGUGUUGCGUGGUUCUUCCCAUUAUGCCGAAAACUAGCAAAUUCUCUUUGGCCAUGUGAAGGGCCUAAUGUGCAGGUAGUCUAAGCAUACUGUCCGGCUUAGGCCUAUGUUGUAGUACGGUUUAAAUGUUCUCCUUGCAUCCAAAACCUCACCCAAGUUAGUCACAUCAAGCUUGAAUUCUUCCAUGUUUUAAUUCGUGGUCCAAAGCUGAUCUUUGUCUAUCCAAUAGUUAAAAUUACCUCUAGCAAACUUCAGCAAUUGGGAGUUACUUGCAAUAUGCUUACAAACCGGUCAUUUCCAGGGACAGAUUGCUGCGUCCAGUUCUCAGCUCUCUGCCCUCAAAUGCUACAGUUGAGGUAGCUUGUAAGAAUUGAGUUAAAUGAAUUACACAAUAUUACAGUAAUUAUUCUGAUUUGUAUCAAUGAAAUUAGGCUAAAGCAUCAAUGCAAACAUGGGGUUUUAUGUAUUUCUGUAGCACUCAAAUUUUCAGUCCUGUCCAGUUUGCAAAUACUUGUGGGAGGAAAGGGAGAAGCAGGUUUUUCUUCAAGUUUUCAGAAGGCUUCUGGAGCUGCAAUAAUAGAGUCUUUAUGUAAUCCUAUGGGAGCUCUAUAUGAUUAAAAGAAAAAAAUCUCAAAACUUUAUUCAAAAACUUUCUUGAUAUGUGUUGGUAACACGCCUCCACUGUCGUUUAUACCAUAGUAUCUUUCUGCAUUAACACGCCUUUAGUUCAGUACAUUCUGAAUACUCUUUGUCCCUACUUCAGUGUAUUUUUUUUUUAAACAUUUACUCCCUCAGAUUAUGUUGUGGAUAAGCCUACAUUUUCCUUGAGGAACAGAAUUAAUACAAUUUUUUUAAAAACACCACCCUUAAUGUGUAGCUAAAACUGACUUGAAUAUUAUAGUAACUUAUGUAAUCAAAAGUCUCCCCCAAAAAUAAUCAGUGACUGAUUUUCUUGGGAUUUUUUUCUAUGUAACAAAAGCAAACUUUUUUGAAAGCUUUAAAAGAUAUUUAAUUGAUUAUAUCUCUUAAUAAGCUGUUGCCCAAAUCUUAAUUAUUACUAAUAGUGAGUUUGAAUGACAUUGAAUCCUGUUUUGGGGGUUUUUAAUGUGAAAACUGAAAAGAUGCUCGAGGUGGAUCUCCUUUGCAGGACAAAGCGUUCCUAUUUUGUGAGUUUUCCAUUAGGCUUAUGAGCAGUAGUUGCUAAUUGUGUUGUCAUGAUAUCCCAAGCACUUUGGCAUCUUGCACUGAUACUCUGAUUAGAGCUAAAACUCUUCUGGCACGUGACUGGCUAUAAAUCUCAAUAUAUGAACGGGCAUUAAUUGAAAACAAGUGUGCAAUGAAUUACAUGCUCUCUGAGGUACUUCAAAGAUGGAACUAUACAAAAGGUCCCCGUUAUCAGAUAUUGUAACUGUCAUUUCUUUCUCUAAGCAUAUUGUGGAUUUUGUAUCAUAUUGUAUUUAUUUCAUUUAAUUUUAAAAAGAAAAUGUUUUCUUUAAAGCUCUGUAUAUAUUGACAUUAAAGUUUGCAUUGUACUACGUUCUCUUCUCCUUGUAAGGCUGAAUCUAGUAGUGCAUUGUAUGGUAUGUUGUUUUUUCUUUGCACUGUGCUGCUGAAAGAUACUAUUGCCUUGAAUUGCGACAUGCCAAAGACAACCUCAAAAUUGUAUUUAUUUUUGUUAAACUUUGUGAAUAAUGAUAAAGGUACAGUUUUAAAUAGCUGGCAGUUCCUUGAGUACUAGAAUAAAAAGGUUGCAAAUUCAUAAUAUUUUAUAAUUGACCAAAAAAAUCCAUCAUUUAUGAUUUGGAAGUUCAUCAACUCCUUUUUUUAAAAUAGAUAUAAAAACCAAUGAGCAAACAUUCCUAAAUUAAAUGUACUGUCAAUUGCAUUAUUUGGUAAACCUUGCCAAAAAAAUCUCACAGUCAAGCGCUGUUUACAAAUUUAUACUCACAGUCAAGUGUUUCAUGCCACACUUUCAAUAAAACAUACAUUCACUGCUA